AUGCUCACGAAAAGCCUCCACGAGUCACGGUGGGCAACUCCUCAGUCCACAACACCCCCCAAAACUGCACCGUCGCCUUCUUCUGCUCAAGAACUCGCGCGCUUCUUGAAGAUCGUUUCGCGACUAAAAUGGAAACUCCCAUUUUUAUCGGAGGGCUAUCGAUUAGCCACGGCCCGCUACAAUAUGUCCCCCGCUGACAUUCAUUACGCCGAGAUAAUGUUUAAGAUCGAUUUUCACGAGUACUACGCCUUGCUCGAACGUGCCAUUGUGCAUUUGCUCGCGGUUUGGAAUAUUACAGUUUCGCGAUACAAACCGACUACCAGCUCAGCCACCUCCAGCGAUCGGUGGUCUUCGAAUCAUCGAUACCACGCCAAUGUCCUAGAGGCAUUAGAGCGAAAAUCCUGCCCUUUAUACGCUGCGCUAGGAAGCGGGUCAGUUCGCGAUCAACUACGACGAGCAAAACAACUUCGAAAUCAAUGGAAGACCGCAGACUCUCCCGAAGACGACGAGCAAGACAUAUCAGCUGCUUCCUCUAGAGACGACACGGCAUCGUUAGAGAGUUACGAUCUGGAAGGGAUAUUAACAGGUAUUUUCAGCGGCUUGGAACAAGGACAUGCACUUGCGCAAGACCAUGUUUCCAGCAAUAAUCCUGAGAUGGGGAUAGAGACCACAACCGGCGGGGAUACCGAAGCCGAUUGGGAUUUUAUUGUCGAUGCUAUGGACUGGGAAGCCGUUUAG